UUAGAAACUUAGAACAAAUGGUGGAGAUCAUGGAUAUAAAACAAAUCCUGUUUCUCAUUUACUAAACAACGUAUAGUCGGGUUUAGAAUAUGCAUGAAUUAAACCCCCAAAGAAGUCUCUAGCUACUAGUGAAAAUGGAGCUUAAAGAGCUUUUUCAGAGACAUUUGGACUGGGCUGCAGUUUGGAUUGUUUUUAACUCUUUGUGUUUUGCAACGCACGCUUCGGAACUUUUAUAUUCUACGGCUGAGGAUUCUAAACCAGGGACAAUUAUUGGCCACUUGACUAAAGAUUUAGGAAUGGACGUUCAUAUAAUGCUUAAAAGAGAGAUGCGAGUCAUAUCGGAAUCUAAUGGUAAUUAUUUUGACAUAGACCUGACAUCUGGAGCUUUGGUGGUCAAGCAAACAGUGGACAGAGAGAGUAUGUGUGGAGGAAGUUUACACUGUCACACUCGGAUUCAGAUUUCUCUUCAAACUCCUUUGGAAAUGCACAGCGUUACGGUUGAAAUUGUGGAUGUUAACGACAACGCGCCACACUUCCAAAGUCGAAACACUUCUUUGGAAAUUUCAGAAGCGGCUGCGCCAGGCACAAUAUUCCGCUUAGAAAGUGCGCACGACCCUGACGUGGGUGUGAAUUCACUGCGCGCUUAUUUUCUUAGUCAAAACGAUUGUUUUAUGUUAAAAGUAGACACUAAAAGCGACGGAAGCAAAAUCCCAAUCUUAGUCUUAAACAAGCCUCUCGACAGAGAAAAGACGAGCGAAUAUAGAUUGAUUUUAACUGCAGUUGAUGGCGGCAGUCCAGAAAAGUCCGGCAACAGUGCCAUUUUUAUAAAUAUUCUAGAUGUCAAUGACAACGCGCCACACUUUCAUAAUCCUACAAAAAGAAUCAUGCUUUUAGAAAAUUCACCUCAUAGAGCGUUAGUUGCUACUCUUAAUGCCUCUGAUGCCGAUCAUGGUCAAAAUGGUGAAAUAACUUAUACGUUUGAUAAAUACACUCCUGACAAUGUGUUAAAACUUUUUAGCGUGGAUUCUAUGACUGGUGAAAUUAGAGUUACAGGACUAGUCGAUCACGAGCUCGCUAAUAUAUAUGACGUCACUGUUCUUGCUAGAGACAAAGGAAUACCUCCCAUGGAGGGCUCGUGCAACAUCAAAAUCGAGAUUAUUGAUGUGAAUGACAACACUCCUGCUAUCAGCAUUAAUGUGGUUUCUCCAGUAAUCUCUGAAAAUGUGAGUUCAGGGACUGUCAUUGCCCUGAUCAAAGUCAAAGAUGAAGACACAGGGGAAAAUGGCGAUGUGAGUGUGCACAUUCCUUAUGGGUUGCCUUUCAAAAUGAGUUCGCCAUAUAAAGGGCUUUUCACUUUAAUGACCGAUGGACUGUUGGACAGAGAGGCUGUGGCUGAAUACACUAUUACUGUGACUGCCACAGACUCUGGUUCCCCACCCCGUUCCUCCCAGGAAUCUUUUGUGUUACGUCUUUCAGAUGUUAAUGAUAACCCCCCAGUCUUUUCACAGCCUUCCUACUCUGUGGACAUAGCCGAAAACAAUGCCCCAAAUGCUCUCCUUCUGUCCGUGUCAGCCUCAGACCCAGAUUUGGCAGGAGCGACUUUGUGUUUGUAAAGGCCCCACAGAGCACUCUAGGCAUGCGACUGUCAAAAAGACUCUUCACUCACUCACUCAUGAAGCAAAAUCCACCUAAUGCUGACUGGCGAUUUCCUCCAAACCAGAGGCCUGGACCCAGCGGGGCUGGAGCUCGUCCUGAUGAGGCAGGUGCCAGCGCUGGCGUGAUCGCAGGAACAGGACCGUGGCCCAACCCCCCUACCGAAG